GGUGAGCUCCCUGUCAAGCUCCCAGAGAGCCUCAUCCCUUUUGGGAUUGGACGCCGUGUCUGCCUCGGUGAAGACUUUGCUAAGAAGGAAGUCUUUCUGCUCUUCACCUGGCUCUGUAGCCGGUACACUUUCUACAAAGUACCAGGCAAAGAGGAGGAAACCGUGCUGAGAUUGAACAAGGAAGUGACGCUUGCUUACCAGCUCUAUGAUGAUAUCGAGGUCUGCGUUAAAAAACGAUUCUAAUUCAAAUCACCUUGUAAAAAUAGGUACAGUCGUGCCUUCAAACGUUUGAGUGGUUUUCACCGUCUGGAGUCGGAUUUUAAUUACAAGCCUCGCUGAUAGAGUAAAUGAUAAGUCAUUAAGUGUGUCGAAAAUCCAAGUUGAUCCCCGACUGUUGGAGUUCAUGCUUUUAUGCUUUGGGCUUUCCAGUCAGUUUAGGUGUCGAAGUUGAAAAUGUCAGACACAGAAAUUAGAAUCGAAGAAAUUAGUAAAUGCUGGUUGCAAAAGAUUGGAAAUAUAGGCCUACUAGUUGGUUUUUAUGCAACAAACGUAAUUACCAAUGAAGAGUACAUGUUGUUUUGUUCUUUAAAAAAAUUUAUAUUUGUGUUGGAGUAAAGUGCUUUGAGAUAGGGCAGUAAAGUGGUAUUUUCAAACCGUAGAACUCACACAGUACCUGCAUAUAAAGUAUACCAAACAAUUCGUGUUACAUACAUGUACAUGUAUACAGCCGUACUGACCUUCGUUAUAUUGAAUUUAAUACCAGCCUCACACUUUAUUUUAGUCUACACAGUCUGUCCCAAAAAUCUUUUGUUAAACAAUGCACUAAUUAUUGAUGCAUAAUAUGUUGAGUUUACAGGAAUAUAUUGUACAGGUAUUAAUUACCACACAGCACUGAAUAAUUAUGUUUGAAUGUGGAAAAAUGCAUUUUCUGCAUUACACGUAAGCAAGGCAAAUCCCUUUAUAUGUUUACUUUAAUCUAUUUAUGCUGUUGCGUGUAUAAAACUCGUACCGUGUCACAAUGCAAUGUUAUACUGGCUAGGAUCCGCAGACCAUAGAUGACACAAUUGGCGUGCUUGGCGCCAGUGGUGGAAACUUCAAUACAUGUACACGUACUUGGACCGGGAGCCAUAUACAAAUCACACUCCCCCCCCAGGACUGGUCAUGCUGCUUGUUGACUUCAAUUAUCAAUAAUCGCCUUGAUUGAAUCAUGGUUUUCCUUCCUCUACGGUUUAAAACUUUUGACGUCUCGUCCCACCUCGCGAAGACCGUCAACCUAAUCUCCAUUUAGGCCUACAUGUUGGAAGGCCGUAUAUGUAUGUGACACGGAGUGAUGGAUUACUCAGCAAGAAAGUCGGGCCGAUCAAGCGGCUAUCAGUUAAAUGCAAAGCAUCCGACUGACGACAAAAUUCACCUUAGAGAGCACAAUUUCAUUAAGUCACAAAACACAGCAGGCCUACAUGUUAUCACGCAUGAAAAAUAAGACUUCACUGUCAACGCGUGACACUCAGACUAGGGCACGAGUAACGUUAUAUUAGGCGAAUUUGGCACUCAGGGAAGGAAGACACACGAAGACAGCCUGAGAACCAGAUGACAUACCACGCACAGACCCAUACAUCUCGUCCGUGUUGCUUCCACAACUGUUCCAUUUAUCCUAGGCUGUAAAACAUGGCAGGAAUUUUUCAAUCAGCGGCAGAGAACUUUGAAAAAUUCUCCCAUCACGCGAGGCUCGCAUUUUGUCGAUCGCGCCAUAUGCAUCGAAAGCAAUACCAGGUGAGAGGUCGGAGGUCGAGUGUUAUAGACUGGUGCACCGAAGCUGGAAACUGGACUUAUUACAGGUGCGUAUACGUACAGUACUCGAGUCGCCUUGUCGUCAGUUGCGGAAGCAUCAACACAUAUCAAGCGCCACUCGGGUUUGUCUGUGAUUACAUUCAUCUCCAAGCAACGCAGGUGGGAACUGACAAAAUGCAAGUCAGUGGAGACGUUUACCUGAACGCAGCCACGCUUUUGGUGGGUGUAGGAACCCUGGUUGCCUACGCACUCUACAGAAGCACCAGGCGGCCCGCAGGCUUCCCACUAGGGCCAACCGCACUACCGCUUGUCGGAAAUAUUCCUCAGUUUUAUUUUGCAAAAUCCACCCUUCAAGUCUUCAAAGAGCUGUGGCAGAAAUACGGAGCAGUGUACUCGUUGAAGUUUGCCAGCACCAAUAUUGUCGUUCUGAACACUAUUGAUGUGGUCAAAGAGGCAUUUGUCAAGCAAGCCGCAGUGUUUGCUGGACGUCCUGAGUCAUACUCACUUGGAUUGUUCACCGAAGGAUUCAAGGAUAUUGCCUUCUCGACCUAUGGCCCUCAGUGGCGUUACCAACGCAAACUUGGCCACACUGCCAUCAGGCACUUUGCACAGAAGGAGCGUUUGGAGCAACUUGUUUUCAGUGUCACCCCAGGAAUUGCCAAGACUCUGGAUGAAAUGGGAGACAAGCCAUUCGCUCCCAAAUGGACGAUUGGCCGGAUAGUGUACAAUGUCUUGGCUACCCUGUGCUUUGCCAAAACGUACGAAUUCAACGAUCCACACUUACUGAACUGGAUUGAUCUCAACACUGAAAUCACCAAAGCUUUUGGUAGUGGUCUACCUGGGGAUUUCAUGACCAUUUUCCAGUACAUCCCAACUCCUGGUGAUACAAAGUUCAGGCGUCUUCUGAAGCGCUUAAGGCAAACGUACCGAGAGGAGUUUCAGAGACACCGUCAAACCUUUGACCCAGAAAACAUCCGUGACUUUGUGGACUCCUUACUGCUGACCCAGAAGGAGAAUAUUGAAGCUGGAGAGGAGGGAGCCGACCGUCUGACAGACACGCACCUGGUCCAGACGGUGUCCGACAUUUUUGGAGCGGGAACAGAAACCACCAUUCUCACCCUACAUUGGGCUGUCCUCCUCAUAGCCGAGUAUCCCGAAAUCCAGGAAAAGGUUGCCAUGGAAAUUGAUGAGGUCAUAGGUCAUGAUAGAAUGCCCUCACUGACCGACAGGGGCUCUGUGCCAUUCACUGAAGCCACCCUCCUUGAGAUUUUCCGGUUUGGUACGGUGGCACCAGUGGGCGUUCUGCAUUCUGUGAUGGAAGACACAACACUGUGUGGAUACAAACUCCCUAAGGAUACCACUGUGAUGAUCAACCAUAUGGCUCUUCACUUCAGCCCAGCUGAGUGGGAAGAGCCGGACAAGUUUAAACCAGAACGUUUUCUGAACGAAGACGGCCAGCUCCCUGCCAAGCUUCCAGAGAGCCUCAUCCCUUUUGGGAUUGGACGCCGUGUCUGCCUCGGUGAAGACUUUGCUAAGAAGGAAGUCUUUCUGCUUUUCACCUGGCUCUGUAGCCGGUACACUUUCUACAAAGUACCAGGCAAAGAGGAGGAAACCGUGCUGAGAUUGAACAAGGAACUGGCACUUGCUCACCAGCUCUAUGAUGAUAUCGAGGUCUGCGUUAAAAAACGCUUCUAAUUCGAAUGGCCUGGUGAAAAUAGGUACAGUCGUGCAUUCAAGUUUGGAUGGUUUUCACUGUCUGGAGUUGGGUUUUAAUUACAAACCUCGCUGAUAGAGUUGAUAGGAAUCCUCCCUCCCUUACCGUCAUAUUGCAUAUCGUGUGAAGUUGCGUUAAGCACCUGUACCACUGGUUAAGUGUCUAUUAAAAUAGUAGCUUGUGAGAAAUAACCCUUUACCUUAUAAAAUUAUGAAGCUUAUAUUUUGAAUGUAUCAUACGUAAUUAUGAAUACAUGAAUAUGAGAGAUAUUUGUGCAGGUAGUUAGUCGAGAGAUUUGAACACAUAGCAAGUAUUUUGCCGAUACGCUCUUUCGAAAUGAUUACUCUGGUGAAAAUGAGAAAUGUGCAUUUUUUAAGAAGUAUACACGUAGUGUCAAAAUCUUUUACUCUAUCUGGGAUUUGAAACGUAAUGAUUAUCUAACCUUAUCUUUGUCAGGUUUUGCCUCUGACAAUGUAAUUUGUACCAGUUUGUAUCAUUUUGAUAUCGUUACACGUGCAUUGCAAACAGUGUAGUUACUGAGGUUACGAUCAAAAGACAAUGUAACCAUCAUUUGAUUUGUAAAUUCUAUAAAACUUUUGUAAAAUUGAACGGUGACAGAACAUCAAUAUCAUUUGCUAAGUUUAACAGAUUAAUUAGUGUAAAUUUGUAUUUUGAUAUAUGUCUUGUAGGAAUGCAUGUUGUCUAAUAAACUUAACUUGACAGAUUACUGCCUCAAGGAAUGAAGCAUUUCUUUCCUAAGAAGGGUCACACAAGCUGAUGCUAACAUAUAGGCUUUAAAAUCAGUUGUAUGUGUUAGAGAAUGUUUUUCAGGAAUGAAAGCCAACAUUGCAGAGCUGUCAA